AUGAAGAGGAAACCGAUCGUGAAAAUUAUUACAUUGUUAUUGUCGCCUUUUUUUUUCUUUCUAAUGAGGAGCCGGAGGCCAACAACAACAACAACAAGGAAAAGCCGGACCGGAGCCGGAGGUCAACAACAACAACAACAACAAGCCGGAGCCGGAGUCGGAGGUCAACAACAACAACAACAACAAGAAGGAGGAGCCGGAGGCCAACAACAACAACAACAACAAGGAGGAGCCGGAGGUGUUGUCGGAGGAGUAGUUCCCGUCGCUGCUGCUCCCGUUGCCGCUGCCCCCGUCUACCACGGAGGUUACACCGGAGGAUUCGGUGGUGCUGCCGCUAGUGCUGCCGCCUCUGCCGUUUCCAAAUCUGGUUCCGUCGUCUACUAG